AUGGCAUUCUUAUUUAAAAGAAACCCAAAGACACCAGGUGACUUAUUGAGGUUGUUGAAUGAACAACUAACGAAGUUGGAUACAGCAAGUGUUUCCGAGAGAAAGAAAGCGCAAGACGAUGUAACACGUCAUUUACAGACAAUCAAGUCGAUGAUUAACGGUGAAGAUAACAUACUAAAUGAAUCACAAUCAGGAAGUCAAACUGAUAUUCUAACGCAAUUAAGCCAGGAAAUUUAUUCUACAGAUACAAUUUAUAACUUAGUCGCAAAUUUGGAAUGUAUCGAGUUUGAUUCUAGAAAGAUUGUUGUGCUUUUAUUCAGUUAUCUUUUAAGAAGAAGAAUUGGAAACAGGUCACCAACUGUGGAUUAUCUAUUGAGUAAGCCGAAGAUUAUUGUGACUCUUAUUAAAGGUCCAGAAACACCGGAAAUUUCCUUGAAUACGGGUUUGAUGUUGCGUGAAGCUAUUAAACACGAAUCAAUUGCCAAAUUUGUUUUGUAUGAUUCCCUUUUCUGGAAAUACUUUGUAUAUAUUCAGUCAGAUUCGUUUGAAGUUUCAACUGACGCGUUCACUACAUUACGUGUUCUGCUUACCGAACAUAAGUCACUUGUGGGAUCGUUCUUCUCUAAUGAUCAAAUAGUAGGGAAUUUUAUAUUGAUGAUUAACAAACUUAUAACUCAAGGAAACUAUAUUACUAAGCGUGAAUCAACAAAACUUUUGGCUGAUCUGAUUAUGAUCAAGUUGAAUUACAACUUGAUGACUAAAUACGUCAAUGAUGUCGAAAAUCUAAAGAUAAUCAUGCUACUACUUGGUGAUCGUUCCAAAAACAUUCAAAUCGAGGGAUUUAAUGUAUUCAAAGUGUUUGUUGCCAACCCCAAAAAGGAAAAGACAAUUAUAGAUAUAUUGGCUAAAAACAGGAAUAAGUUAUUGGAGUUUCUAGAAGGGUUUAACAAAGAUAGGAACGAUGAUUUAUUUAUUGCAGAGAAAGAAUACAUAAGUCAGCAAAUUCAGGGACUUCCCAAGGUGCUCAAUAGUGAUAAGUGCAAUGAAAAAAGCAACAGCUCAUCAUUUGAUAUUGACCAUAACUAA